AUGGCGCAACUUGCCCCAAUUAUAUGCGACAAUGGCACAGGGUAUUCAAAAGUCGGGUUUGCAGGGAAUUCUGAUCCAUCUUUUGUGUUCCCAACUGCUAUUGCUACCCGUGGCUCGUCUUCCCAAACGUCGCGGGGACCCGCAGUCCCAGCGAAGCCAGGCAAUCUAGCAUCGAAACGUGGAGUAGAGGACCUCGACUUCUUCAUUGGCGAUGAGGCACUUGCAAACGCUAAGACUCCCGGCUACGGCGUUCACUAUCCCAUUCGCCAUGGAAUGAUUGACAACUGGGAUCACAUGGAACGGUACUGGGAGCAGACGAUAUUCAAGUACCUACGGGCCGAGCCAGAGGAUCACUACUUUCUCCUCACCGAACCACCUCUCAAUCCACCCGAGAACAGAGAACAAACGGCCGAAAUCUUCUUCGAAUCGUUCAACAUUAAGGGUCUCUAUAUCGCUGUCCAGGCCGUGCUUGCUCUCGCUGCAUCAUGGACUUCCAACCGCGUCGUCGAUCGAACGCUCACCGGCACGGUCAUCGACUCGGGUGAUGGCGUGACGCACGUCAUUCCUUGCGCUGAAGGCUACGUUAUUGGUAGUGCCAUCAAGCACAUCCCGAUCGCCGGGCGCGAUAUUUCGCAGUUUGUGCUGAAUCUGAUGCGCGAGCGCGGCGAGAUGACGGCAGUGCCGCCCGAGGACCAUCUGAAAGUGGCGAGCAAAGUCAAGGAGGACUACAGCUACGUCUGCCAGGAUAUCGUCAGGGAGUUCAGGAAGUACGACGCGGAACCGUACAAGUACUUUGAGCGGUACGAAGGCGAGGCUACCGUCACCGGCAGGAAAUACACCCUCGACGUCGGAUACGAGCGAUUCUUGGCCCCUGAGAUCUUCUUCAACCCCGAAAUAUACUCGUCGGAUUUCUUGACGCCGCUGCCUGAGAUCGUCGACGACGUGAUUCAACAGUCGCCGAUCGACGUACGCCGCGGCCUGUACAAGAACAUCGUGCUGUCUGGUGGAUCGACAAUGUUCCAGCACUUUGGACAACGGCUAAAGCGUGAUCUGAAGCAAUUGGUUGAUCGUCGGCUGGAUGCGAGUGCGACUGCCAGCGGUAGCGUGCUGAAGUCAUCUGGAGUCGAAGUCGAUGUUAUCUCGCACAAGCGGCAAAGAUACGCUGUGUGGUUCGGUGGGUCGUUGCUGGCGUCGCUCCCGGAAUUCUACACAUCUUGCCACACGAAGGCUCAAUAUGACGAGAUUGGGCCAAGUAUCUGCAGGAGGUACCAGAUUUUCGGCAGCGCGACAUAA